AUAAUUAUAUUCAUCUCUGAUUUCUGUGUCUUGUGCGAGUGUCUGCCUGUGUGUGUGUGUGUAUAACGCUGCAAGCAACAACUGCCACAGAAUGUAUCUCAUACAGAUUGUUCAAACGACUUGGCGUCCUCAGUUGCCGCUGCCCAAAGAGCUACAGCUAACCGAUGAAGCCAACAACAAAGCGGCCACUGAAGCAACAUUAGACAACAACAACGAGCUGCAGAUGGAGCGUCUGCGCAGUCAGCAGCAGCAGCAGCAGCAGCACAGCUUGAGCGGCUCAUCGACGCAGCAGCUGUCGAGCAAACAGAAAUGGUCCUUCGGCCGCCUGUUUCGCAACAAGAAGAAGGAUGCUGCGGAUGCUGGCAGCGCCAGCUCCAGCGAGGAGGAUCGCAAAGCGGGCUUUGUGCCCGCCCAGCGUCAGAGCGCCACGAAACCCAAAUCCAAAAAUCCAACUAAAUCGAGCAGAAGCAGCAAAACGCUCAACUUCGAUCAUAUUGUGGCGCCGCAGUCACAGCCAAAUCAUGCGGACAACGAGUUCUUUUUGCCCGUGGAAAUGGUGCCGCCUGAGCCCUACUAUCAGAACCAGCCUGGCCCCUACGGCCGGCCCAGCAAUUCGCUGGAUCGUCGACUUUAUCUGACGCCGCAGUCGCAGUCGCAGUCGCAGUCGCAGCAGCUGCCGCCUAGCAAAUCGCGCUCAGCUCAGCGUGGCAAGCAGCCGGGUCACUCCAGCGAGGAGGAGAUCAUUUCACUGAACUCAUCCACGUUCUCCAAGUACCGCAGCGACGAGAGCAUACACAGCGGCGGCCAGGCGCUGCUUGGUCCGGGCGCCGCCGGUCAGAGCCGCCGCAGUCGAGCGGCACGCAACGAGCGCUACUACAAACGCUUGUCCCGCGACGGCGAGGUGAGCCAUGGCAAUGUGCCGCAGCAGCUGCAGCAGCAGCGCUAUAAGACGCAGCCAUUGCCUUUAUCCAUCUAUCAGGCAUCACCUAACUCCGCCUCCGCCUCCGCCUCCGCCACCGCCUCCUCCGGCUAUGUGCAAUGGCGUCCAUUGCAGAACUCCAUGCAGAACGAUGCGAAGCGCAGCAUUAGCUACGACAGCCAAAUCCAUUUGCAGAAUGUGAAUGGACGCAUGCAGAGCAAGCCGCUGCCACCGCCGCCGCCGCCGCGCGAUCCACUGCGGCGCGUUCAUGUCGGCUACAGCUCGAGCGACCUGCGACCCGUUUCGUAUGCGUUCGAUCAGCGCGGUCGCUGCGUCUCCGAUGAUCGCAUGUGGCAGCCAACGGCGUCGCAUUAUCAGUCCGUGCACUCGCUCAACUCGCAGCCGAGCAGCUCCAUAGCCAGUGCCCCAGCGCAGUCGCAGCAUCGUCGCUUCAUCACGCGGGCGGAACGCAAUGCGAUGCCCGGCAAGAAGUCGCUGCCCAAUGGCAUUGACUUCCACUACGUGGCCGACGCAACGCCGCGCUCUCGGAAGCCCAUACAUCUGCUGGACAGGGAUGUCAGACUGGCCGAUCCUGAGCCCGCCUCCAGCGGCGUGCUGCGCACCUCGAAGAGCGGCCUGCCCACGGCCAGCAGCGAUUGCCAGCGCCCGCAGCAGCCACUGGCCAAGCCGCGCUCGAUUUCUAGCUCGGGCCUGAGCGAGCUGCGCAGCUAUCCCAUGCCCAUGUACUCCGAGGUGCAGAAGCCGAAGCGAACUGCUCCAGCGCCAGCGCCCGCUGCGUGCCCAGAGCCGAGCAACGUCAUCUGCGGCAGCUUGCACAUCAAGCCCAGUGAACGUGGCCGGGAAAACUAUGUGGAAAUCCGGAAUCGUGAUGUGCACAAGACCAACUCAAUGCCGCAUCAUUAUCAGCGACGUUCGGGCGAGGACCUGUCCAACAAGUACGACGAGUAUGUGGCCGAGAAGCGGGAACAGCAUCAGAAGGCGCCCAUUUUCGUCGAGCGCAAGGCCAGCGCCCCAGCCAUGGCGCCACUUUACUAUCCACGCAAGAAGCCCGCCAACCUGGAGGAGGCCAUCAAUGAACUGGAGGCCAUAUACAAGUCCCUGGGUCUGACCGAGCCCAUGGAGACGAAGCCGGAGGAGCCGGAGCCGGAGCUGGCGCCGAAAGCGGAGCCAAAGCCACGCAUGCCCACGCCGAGCGACUUCGAGAAGUUCGCCUUGGCCCAUGCCGAUGAUUAUGACGAUGAGGAUUCGCCGGCCGGUGAGCCAGAUCCGGUGCGCGACGAUGUGGCCUAUCGCAACCUGCAGCUGGCCAAUUUGCAGUAUCGCGCCGCGGACAGGCAGCCGCCGUUUGGCAUACCCGUGGGGCCGAUUGUGCCGGCGCCGCAAAGCGACUAUCUGCACGUGGAGCCGGUGAUAAAGGAGCCGAAGAAGAAGAGCGGCUCGCCAGACAUUGUCAAGGAUGAUCUGGCGGUGCGUGCACUGCGCAAAGAUCCGCCCUGGCCCAAGUCCAGCUUCGUCUAUCCCAUGCAAAAGAAGCAGCGCGCCACGCGCACCCAAUCGGCGAACAUUUACAAUCUGAUACAGCGGGAUGCGGCCAAGCCGUCCGGCGGAGACUUGAAUAGCUACAUCGAGCUGACGCGCAGCAUUGAAAGAGCCGGCUCCAUGUCGAAUCUGGGCGGCGAGCAGGCCAGCGACAUACCGGGCACCUUGGAGCUGCUGCGCAAGCUGAAGGCGCAGGACGAGGAGCUGCAGAAGAAAACGCACAUACCCUUUAGGCAUCCCAGCCAGGGCGGGGCCAUAGCCCAGCUGCCGGAGCGUCUGGGCCAGGAGGAGAAGCAGUCGAAGCCAAUGCCAGUGCCAGCGCCGCGAAAGAGUCUCACGCCCGAGCCGCUGCUCGAGGAUGCGCUCAAUAAGAUUGCGCAGGACGCGCAGGCGAGCAGCAUUAAGCUAACCCAGGAGCUGGACGAGCUGCGCAAGGAGGCGCUGAUCACGGCGGCCAGGCCCAAGCUGAAUGCGGAACAGCAAAAGCUGGAGCAGGAACUGCAGCAAAUCGAAGCGGUCUCCGAGGCGGCCAAGCGCUGUGGCCAGCUGCUGCUGGACACGCUGCCCGAUCAAACGGACGAGCCCCAUCCACGCAAGCUGCAGAAGGAGGGCAAGCUAAUACGCGCCAUCGAUGAGGUGUCCGAGGCGGCGAACGCUGUGUGCGAAAAGAUACUCAAGGAUAUUGUAACCACCGAGCCGCCGGUGGUGGUGCACGAGGCGCUGCAGGUGAAACAGCGGCCCAUGGAUCAGCAGCAGCAGCAGCAGCAGCUGGUGAUGCCGCACUUGAUUAAGAAACUGGAUCCCAUACAAUCGGACAAGAUCGAGGCAAUUGCCAAGCGCUGCAUGCGACAGCUGAGCGAAUUGGGCAACGCCGAAUCGCCGCCAGAUUACGAUAAUCUGCCCACCUGUAAUAAGAAAAGUAGCCAACACGAGCGGGUCCACGCUGACGCCACUCUCAUUUGUCCCAUUGCAGAGGUCAAGGCCAAAGCGCAAGCGAUCGACGACAUCGAUCGCAUAAUGCGGGAGUGCGAGCUGCAAGCGCGACAAACAGGAAACAACAACAACAGCAGCAACAACAACAUCACCUCGAGCACAGAUGAUCGUACGAGCCGGACAACAAACACCACAUCGAGCACUGACGAUCAGCGCACCACGGCGCCCAGCAUGAGCAGCGGCAGUGGCAGCAGCGGCAUACAUCAAGCGAACACUGUGAGCACCACCGCCUCCUCGUUUAGCUCCAGCAGCGAUUGCCUGGCCAAGUCGUCGAGUCCAUCGACCGGCAAUCGGCCCAUGUCCUCGAGCAUAACCUCUUUCAAUCCGUACUCGUCGAGCGAUUAUAUCAAGUCGCAGAGUAGCGAUUAUCAUGCACCCAGCACCGAUCCCAUCAAGACAUUCAGCACCACAUCGUACGAUGUGCCGUCGACGCCGAACGACACAACAAUUAGCACCAAUACACCGAGCACCAAUAGCACCAAUGCCACAACCAGCACCACCAACAACAACAACAUGAGUGAAAAUCAAACCGCCAGCUUUGCCCGGUCGCCGUCGUCCUCGUCCUCGUCCUGCUCAUCGCCGCCAUUGCAGCUGACGCCGGUGGGUGGCGAUGCGGGUGGAGCACGUUCCUCCUCGCCCUCGCAGUACAAUUCGAGCGAGGAGCUGGCCGCCAUAUUUGGCAUCGAGGAGAAACCGUCGAAGCAGCUACGUCGCAAGCAGCUAACAGAAACUACUUUUGCGGCCUCAAGUGACUUAUCCACAGCAUCCGCCACUGCCAAAACUAGCUGCCAGCAACAACAACAAGCAGAACAACAACAAGCAUCAGACGAAUCAGCUGGCUCGAUAACACGAAUCUCGUAUCGGGGACAGCAUCCGCACUUUCAUCAUCAUACAACGCCAGCCUAUUAUACGGAUUUGCAGCUACGCAUCCAUACGCCAAAUGCAUCAGAUGAUGGUGCAUUGAAUGAGAACUAUCAGAGUGUGUACAGUACGCCCAGCACUCAGAUAGUUGAACAGCGUUGCUUUCCGGCUCAAGCCAACAAUCAAGCAAUCAAUCAGCGUGCAAAAUUUUUUCGACUUGGCGACUCUGUGUCCACAGAGAACAACAGCAACAGCAACAGCAGCAGAAGGCGCCAACGCAACAGCAAAGAACGCUGCGCCAAAUCCUUGCCGCCCUCUGUGAACCCUACAAAAGGUGAAACCUACCAAAACCAAAUCCAAAACGAAAAUCCUAUUGCCAGCCGUAGUAGUAGUUGUUGUAGAUCACCCGUUGUAGUACAGGCUAGUCCCCAAGUAGGUGUUGCAGGCGCUGCUAACGGUCGCAACAGCCGUCAUACACAGCGCUUUCAUCAACGCUCUACCAAGCGGGCCGUACGCGUGCGUAGCGAAUCACGGCCGAUUAGCGCGCUGUACGACAUAAUAUGCAAGGAGAAGGGCCUAGACGUAGGCAACAGCAGCAGCAACAGCGGCAGCAGCAGCAGCAACGAGCAGCAGCAAGAGCAGAAAGACAAACAGCAGGAGCAACCGGAGCAGGAGCAGCAGCAACAUCUGCAACAGUUGAACAAAAGCAACACACUGGCGACCUUUUGGCCUUUGCAUCAUCAAUAUCACAGACAUUCAAUGAGCGGCAGCGGCAAUCAGCAGCCAUCGGAUAAGCACCGCCAGCAAUUGAACAAGCAGAAGCGCAUCAUCCGGGUGGUGCCCUCUGAUGAGGUAUCCACGGAUGAUGAAUCGCCAUAUGCAUUGCACUCUAGUCAAAAGACAACAAAUCUGACACAGAGCAAGCCCAUAGAGGCCGAGCCCAGCUACCUCAAGCAGGCAGAGCCGGAAUUGACACCAACAUCGGCGCCUAGCAGUAAUGUCGAGCUGCUAAGGAAGCAGUCCGAGCCCGUAAAGAGCCAUGGCCUAGUUUCUAAGUUGCCCUACUCAGCGCCUGUCUCGCAGCUGGUGUUGAGCUGCAGCGAGGAGCAGCCAAUAAAUAUGAAAGGUCUAUUUGUGGAGCCACCGAAAUUAUCGUUGCCGGAGCUAAGUCGUUGUGUCAAAAGGGGCAACAGCAAAAAGCAGUUGAAAGACUCUGAUGAGGAUCAACAAGAUCAAAAGGAAUUACAAACUCUCAGCUAUGAGCCAGGGGAAGUUAUUGAAACACUUACACGCUGGCAAGAGGAGCUGUGCUCCAGCAUGGAAAAAUCGAUGCCGCUUUUAAACGGUGCUAAAGAUCAUAACAGUCAUCAUCAUCAUCCUUCUUAUCAGCCUGAGCUUCAUUAUCAACAUGAUCAUAAUGAACUGUCCGCAUCUCCCGACACACUCGAUCACCUGCAUUCUGUGACCGUAGACGAUCCUCACCAGAACCUGAACCAGACCCAGUCUCAGUCUCAACCACAAUCCAAUCAUCAUCAUCAGGCGACUAAUGCACGCAGAUUCAUAACUCGGACACCACGUUCCGGCAGUCGUCAAAGUGCUGGCCACUCGUCGCCGCCACCGCCAGUUGGCUGCUACAGCGAUUCAUCCAACAGCUCGCCAUCGCCCACACGCAGGCACCAACAACACCAGCAAUCAACAGGUGCAACAACUGUUGAUGUUGCAACUUCAAACGAUCCCCAAUCAUCAACGAAUGGCAAUAGCUCUGCUUAUGAGACAGCCGCUACCUCUGUAAUGACAAAUGCCAAGCAGUUGCAGUUGCAGUCACAACACAUCGAAGUUCCUAAGAGCACGUCGCCAGCGGCUCAGACAAACGCAGCAUCCAACAUCGUUAAUAUACGCCCCACAGCCGGCAACUCAGCGAUACUCAAUACCGUUUCCUCGACAAGCGCCAACAAACGCAGCAUUUAUUUUACUUGCAACACCAACAACAACAGCAACAACAGCCGCUUUAACAAUAACAGUCAGCAGCAUCUACAACAGCAGCAGCAGCAGCAGCAACAGCCUUGCCACAUUGUUAGUCACGCCACGCCCAUGCCACCCCUUGCCACGCCCAGCAGCAAAGCGCCAUUGAUUGUGCUCAAAGCAACAGCUGUUGCAGCAACAGCGGCAGCAUCUGCAACUGCCACUACAACAGCAGCAGCAGCAGCAGCGUCGCCUUCAAAGCGACGUAAAAAUUUGCUUUCGCCGCUGCGCAUCAUUGGCAGUGGCGGUGGUGCAAGCAGCAGCAGCCACAACACGUCUCCGCAGUGUAGCCCACUCUUGAGCAGCUCCUCAUCCUCGCCCCAAUCCUCGCCAGCGGUGCGCACAACCAAAGCAAGUCGCCUGCGUGCCGCAGCGCUCGAUCGUAAGAAAGAAGAGGACCAGCAGCAGCAGCAGCAUCCACGACCACGCUAUAGCUCGCCCAGUGCACAGCGUACAAGCUCAACGCCACCUGGAAGACGUUUCAGCAACUCGGAGCUGUCGCCCAAGCGCAGCGUCAGCAGCGGCUUCAACUCGGAUACUUCAAGACAUACGCCACGAUCGGCCUCGCAGCCAGCGGAGCUCAUUGAGCGACGUCCGUUGGUGGCCACAGCCAAUAAUCUUCACAUGAAGCAGAACCUGAGCGAGCUGCACUUUACAGGCGGACUUCUAAGUCCGCCCAAGGCCGAGUGCACAUUGCACAUGCGACCACGAAGCUCGACAAUGUGCGCAGACGUUGAGCAAGAGAAGGGAAGCGGAGCCACCAUGGACAAGCAACGUGAUAAUCUGACCAACCUGCAGCUGAGUCCCGUGCAAAAGCACAAGCUAACUCCGGAAGCCUCACCUUCGCCACGUCGCAGCGGUGAUCGCGAUAAAUCAGCGAAACGUAAAUCGAAUCUGAAUCGCUCAUACAACGAGGAAGCCACCAAGGAUAGCGAUGAGUCGUCGUCUAUGCGUCGGCGACGACGUCGCGAACUGGGCAUGGCUCGUCCACUGAUGCCGGGGGAUGAUGAGUCGCUGCGAGAGCUUCUGCAGCAGCCACAAUCACAGCCGAGGAGCUCCUGCAGCGAAUCGGCAUCCAAAUCGGAAUCGUUGCGUCUGGCACGCGGCUUAAGCCAAAAGCUAAACGAGCGCACCAAAACGGAGCUGGCCGAGAUUAAGAAGAUUGCCGAACAGGCGCAGGUGACAACCGGCCAACAUGAGUCAGCCCUGCGACGCAGGAGCACGGAUGAAGUGGCAGCCUCAACCUCCACACAGAACUCGCCACCUGCACCCAAUCAGAUUGUUUCCAUACUGAAGAAGAAGGAGCACGCAUUUGGCGAGUGCAACUCGAGCGCUUCCAGCAAUGCAUCGCCGGUGACAUUCUCGGCCAACGUGCUGGACACUCCGCUGGCGACCAAUAGCCGUAGCAAGCGUCAGGGCAUACUGAAGAAACGAUCGAGCCUCGAUGAGUCUCGUUACUACUCUCGCUCCCAUUCGCCCGAUGAGCGAAGUAUUUUGAUCAAGUCGGCGCGUCGCAACUCGCUGGAGGAGGCGGGCAUCACUCUUAGUUCUGGCCAGGCGCACGGCAUCCUCAAGCAGAGCAGCUAUGAGAGCACCAAAAGCGAUGGCUGUCCAUCGGCAAACGAGUCGCAGCCACAUAGCAUAUUGAAGAAGAAAGACUCGCUGUCGACACCCUCGGAUGGCGGCUCGCACAUUUCGAAGCACGUUUCCAUCUCGCAGGCGGUGACAUUGGCCGCCGCUGAGCUGGCCGCGCAUGAUGGUAGCCUCGCUGGCAUCGAGGACAGCGAGGAGCACGAGAUUCGGCCCAUACUCAAACAGGAAAGCACCUCCAGCGAGGAGGCAGCACGACCACCAAAGCCCAUACUAAAGAAGAAAUCGUUUGGCGAGGCGGACGAGCACGAGAUUCGGCCCAUACUCAAGAGCAGUCGCAAGAGCAGCCGCGAGGAAUUCGAUCUUAGUGAGGUGACUCCGGAAGCUAAUGAUACAAUUGCCAAUGAUUCAAACACUAUGCGUCCCAUUUUGAAAACGGAUUCACCCUCGAAGCGUCGCUCCCUUGGCUCCAUGCAGCCUGCUCUGGAGGAGAGCGCAAAUAGUUUGCUUAAGCGUCGCACGCGCUCCCUGGAGCGUCAGGAUGCGCCGCCUGUCAUGAAUCUAGCUGCCGCCUUGGAUGCCAUAACCAACUCGCAGACGCCCGUCGACCUUGUGACAACGCCGUCGAACAUCUCGGUGGCUGAACGAAUCAAGCAUAUGGAAAUGCUAUCGACACCCCCAACAUCCAGCACGGCUAUCUCAGCUGGUCUGAACACCAGCUGGGAGUCGCCGCUGCAGCAAACAACGCAGUUGCCCGACUGCGGCGCCUCGCCCAAACUGUUGAAGCCCAGUGUUAUACGCAGAGAUCUCUACAAAGAUCGCUUCAAGACGCAGCCCGUGACCAGCGAGGAGAAGAGCUUCUUUAAAGCAAACACCACGCCAUUUGACAUCUCGGCAACGUCGGCUUUUAAGCCCACGAAACCAUUGGAAAUCCAUCAGCACAAGCUACAUCAACAGCAGAGUCAGCCGUUAAUCUCGCCCAUCACUGGACAACCGCUGAGCCACGUGCCAGCACCGCUGCUGCUCUCCUCAUCGACCCACUCGACGGCCGGCAAUUCUUUCGGCUUGGCACGUAGCUCCACGCAGCCACGACUGCAUCAGCGUACAGUCGCAGGUACUCCGGCACCGACACCGGUCAACUCCUCGCUCAGCUUGAUCCAGCAGCAUUCGGUCAGCGACAGCAUCAACGCCAGCAUAAGCGAACAGCUGACAUUAUCUGUGGGCAACAACGACUCUGAGCACGUCUUUGAGAUGUCCGGCAUAGACAAUGACUCGGCCAUACAGUCGCUGAGCGAAGACACCUCCACGACCACCCAGUCGAGCGUUGGAGUGGGCGUGACUCGCAGCAACAGUGUCCGUGCUCGAGCCAGUAUGUUCCAGCAGCUGCAGGAGCAAUCGCGCAGCCGAAGGGAGGCGGCCGGUAAAGAGCCGUUGGCAUCGCAGUCGCGCUCAUUGGCCAGCAGUCAAGCAACUUUUCAACAAUCGCCGCCGCCGCCGCCGAUGGCAGCAACCGAAGCUGCUGUUGCUAGCUCGCACAAUUCUUUUAGCGACGAGGCGCCGAGUACACCAAAUACAACACAGGAUACUACCGAUGCUGACUUCGCUAAGCCCGCUGAUGCUCCCAAGAGCAUAUUGAAGUGUGGCAAACCCUUGGGCAUGGGCCUGCUCAUGGGUCGCGGCCGCAUGCCCAUUGAUCUGAAUGCCGAGCUAAAGAAUCGCCUGCAGCGCUCCACUCAUGCCACCGUUUCGAAUCUGCGCAAGUCGGCGACGACGGCGAAUGCGACGCGCGAUGAGACGGACCAUGCGGCUGCAGCGAAUCCUCAACGCAAUUUGGCCCAAAUACUGCGCAAUGUGUCCAAGGAGAAUGCCACGCCCACGUCGACGCAUCACGACGAUGCCGUUAAUCUGGUGCGCAAUCUGACGUCCAUAGGCGCGCCGCGUCUUAGCGCCGACUCAGCUGCGGGCAGCAACAACUGCGCGUCGGCAUCCGAGGGCGAAAGCUCCGGCGGACGUGAGAUCGAUGCGAUAAUCAAGAAUAGCGCCGUGGCUAGAAGGCGACGACAGCAGCAGCUGCAGCAACAGCAGCAGCAGCAGCAGCCAGAUGGCAAUCUCAUUGCGAAAAGCAAAAGUUACUCGGGCAUAGCCGGCCCCCAACUGCCGCCACUUAAUGCAGGUGGGUUUGUGAAGUUGCGUCAUGUAGAUACCGAUAAGCCGAACACAUCAACGCAAUCGCAGCCAGAUAAGCAACAGGAUACAGCUCUCAACACAGACGCCACUGCAGAAGAUCAAGAAACUGAGGUGAGUUUACCUGGCACACUCCACAUUGACGUCGCUUCCAAUUCAAUCGUUGUUUACUCUCAGAUUAUGGGUCCCGAUCAGCGCAAUAUCGCCAAGACAGGCUCCAUUGCCGAUCGUUUGGCAGCGCUGCAGAAGAGCGGCGAGGACGACUGGAAGAAGCGCAUCAGCAAGCGCGAUGAGGUCGACGAUAUUUGUCGAGAGAAUUUCGUCAAUGAAUCACUUUCAUUGGCCCAAUCGAUCUCUGAUAAGCCCUUGCCGCCAUCGCCGCUGAUCGUGGCCAGCCUUGAGGGCGGCAAAGUCUCGGAUCGCCUGGGCAAACUCAAAUCGAAUUCAGAGAACUGGAAGCAGCGCAUAGGGCCAACGGAUGCCAAGAAGUUCACAGUCGCUGGCCGACUGCAGAAGAAGGAGCAAUCGCCAGUCGAGCUGCAGUUCGAGCGGCUGCCCAACGAUGCGGCCAAGAAGUGUCCCAUGCUGGAGGUGCGCAGCGCCAAUCAGCCGCAGCUGGGCCUGGCCAAGAGCCCCUCCAUGAUGGUGACCAACGCCACGAAAGCGGGUGCACUGCAGCGCAGCUUGAGCGUCACAGUUGAGGAGGCUGUCACACUGACGCGCAGCAACAGCAGCAACAGCAGCAGCAGCAGCAGCAGCUCCGAGUCGGACGGCUCGCCGCGCAAUGCCAAGCAGCACAAGGAGCUGGCCAACAACAAGAGCGCAGAGGCGGCCACAAAUGUGGGCUCCCGCAUUCAAGUGCCGCGACUGGACGAUGCGGAGACCUUCGAGAGCUUCUUUGGCGUCCAGGCCAAGGGCCAAGCGAACGACGAAUCGUUCGAGCUGGAGAUAAGCGCCUUCGAUGACAUCAAGUCCACGGAGCGUCUGGUCAGCAAGCGCCACAUUCAGGGUCCCAAGGGCCGACGCGCUGCACGCAAUCCGCUCAAGACGCUGGCCGCACGCAGCGACAUCCGCUCCGAGUACACGGAACUGAAGACGGGCGUUGCCGAGCGGGAGCUGCGACGCCUUAAGCUGGAGUCAUAUGGACAACGCGGCAACCUGGCAGCAGAGGCCAUUGCGGGCCUGGCCUCGAUCGAAGAUUUCAAGUCGGUGGCGCUGAAGUCGUCGGCGCUGCCGCUGCAGCAGGCAUGGCUGCCCCACAAGCGACUGAUGCUGCUGCAUGUCAAGGGGCGCACGCACGUCCAGACGCGCUUGGUGGCACCUGCACAGGUGUCGCUCAAUCGCGGCGACUGCUUCAUCUUGGUUGCGGGCACGCAGCUGUUCCGCUACGUGGGCUCGUUCGCCAAUGUGAUUGAGAUCUCGCGCAGCAAGAAGAUCUGCGCUGCCAUCAUAGAGAACAAGGAUCUGGGCUGCACAGCCACCCAGGAGGUGAUCCUCACCGACGGCAAGUACGUGAACGAGCGCGAGUGGCGCCAGUUCUGGUCGCUGCUGGGCGAAUCCGAGGAGCGACAAUCGUCGAUCGCCGACUCCGGGCAUGCGGACGAGGAUGACGUGUUCGAGAGCAGUCUGAUCGAGACAAACAAGAUCUACGAGUUCCAGGACGACGUGCUCAUGCCCCUCGACAAGUAUUGGGGCUGCAUACCCAAGGUGGAGAUGCUCGACACACGCAAGGUGCUGGUCUUUGACUUUGGCAGCGAGCUGUACGUCUGGAAUGGCAAGAAUGCCAGCACGGAUGACAAGCGGGCGGCCAUGCGGCUCGCCCAGGAGCACUUCGAUGCCUCGGACGCCGCCGAUUAUGGCCAGUGCUAUCUGAAUCCGCUGAACUACGCGAGCAUCGUCGGCCGCCGGGAGAGCACGAAGUAUGCCAAGCGUUGCCCCCAGCGCCCGGAUUGGUGUGUGCUCGGCAGGAUUACGCAAAAUAUGGAGACGGUGCUAUUCAAGGAGAAGUUCAGCGACUGGCCAGAGCUGGAGCGCGAAGAUCUCGAGAAGGACUACUUGGCCAACGGUGUGCAGGUGGUGCGCGCCCCAAAUGGCGCCACUCUGCACAAGGGCGAACCCUAUCUGGAGCCCAACCUGGUGCUCGAGCUGGCCAACUUGGGCCGUGGCAACUUCUACUACGACAACGACACAAUGCGCCACUUCGACAUAAUUAGCAAGUCGAUUGAUAAGUGGCAAAUCCACGAGUUCAACUUCGAUGCGGCCGAGGCACGCGAGACCUACGGCCACUUCUACUCCACGGAGAGCUAUAUUGUGCGCUGGAUAUAUCAGAUUUCGGUCACAGUGCGCGAGCUGAGUGGCAAGGUGUCGAAUCGCAGCACGGUUGGCCGCGAUCGUUGCGUCUACUUCACCUGGCAGGGCGUCGACUCGAGUGCCAAUGAGAAGGGCGCCGCAGCACUGCUGACCGUUGAGCUGGACAAGGAGAAGGGCGCCCAAAUGCGUGUGGCGCAAGGCGAUGAGUGCACCGCCUUUGUGCGACUCUUCGGCCAGCUGUGGCAGCAUCAGGGUCGCAGGAGCCAGUGCCUGGCCAAGCGUUCCGAGUGGCGCUUGUACCAGCUGCAAGGCAAUCUGCCAGAGGAAUCGCUGCUCCAGGAAGUCCAAUGCGAUGCACGGCAACUGCGCUCGCGCAGCUCCAUGCUUCUAGUCCAUGGCACCGAGGGGCAAGUACUUGUCUGGCACGGCUGCAAGAGCGCAAGCCACACGCGCAGCGUCGCCUUAGCGGCAGCUCAGCAGCUGGUGGAGCAGCUGCCGGCUGAUAUGUUCGACUGUGCGAGUGCCGCAGUUGAGCAGCUGGAGGAGGGCGCCGAGUGCGAUGCCUGUAAGACGGCGCUCGGUCUCUCCGAGACGCCCAACUAUGGCAGUCUGCUGAAGUCAACCAAGUGCUACGAUUACACGAUGCGAAUGUUCAACUUCUCGAGCACGCAAGGCGUCUUUUCGGCCCACGAGCUACUCGAUCCCUUGCGCUGCCAAGACUUGCAAUCCCCGUAUCCGUUCUCACAGGCCCAGCUCUACAAUGCCCGGCAGCCGACUAUCUUCCUGCUCGACGACGGCGACGAGCUGUGGCUCUGGAUGGGCUGGUGGCCACUGGAGGACAUUAAAAUCAACACCGAGGAUCGCAGCAGCCCCACCAACGACAAUCGCGCUGGUGUCAACCGUUGGAUCUCAGAGCGACGCGCCGCCCUAGAAACGGCCGUCGACUAUUGGCGUGCUAAGCAUGGCGACAACGAAGCGGUUGCCUUCCACGGCAUCAAGGGCCACGUUGUCUGGGCGGGCCUGGAGCCAGUGGCCUUCAGAGCACUCUUUCCCAACUGGUGCGAGCGCGACGAUGUUCGUGAAAUCAACGUCGAGGAUGGUCGCACCGAUGUGGCCAUGUCCAUUAGUGAAAUGCUCGCACAAAUGACCCAGACCGAGUAUCCGCUUGAGGUGCUUAAGGCGCGCCCACUGCCGGAAGGCAUUGAGCCUACGCGCCUGGAGCUCUACUUGAAUACGAAUGAGUUUCAGCAAGCGCUCGGCGUGAGUCGCUCGGAGUUCGACCAGUUGCCCGUGUGGAAGCAGACCAAGCUGAAGAAGGAGCGCGGCCUCUUCUAAGCGAAACUACUACCAUGUGACCAUAUAGACUUUUAAGUGAACGCAAUCACAAACUACUUACUCUUGCAACCAAAUAUUUUCGUACUCUUUAUAUACGACCACUGUGUACUCUACCAGAACUGUGCACAGCUACCACAUGACAUACCCAUGCGCAUAUCUCUAUAUACUCUCGUACUUUACUUAACGUACAUAUACACACGCUAUUUAUACGCAUAUACACACCUUUUUACACACAUUUAUAUCGUAUGAUUACGGCACAAUAUGAUUGCAGGCGGCACAAAGGCACGAAGAUGAUCGUGAACUUGCACUGAGCUAUCAAUAAACACUAGAAUUUAAUACCCUGUACAUAUUAAGUUGCUGUGCUUUGAUUUCACGUAGUGCUUUGUCGACGUCACUUUAAAGAGCCAAAACAGAAAAGGUUUAAGCAAAUACGAAUGAUCUUUCGUAUGUUCAUAGUUUUUGUGUAAUCAAAAUUUGAUUUAAAUCUAAUUCUUUGUCCAAUUUAGCAUAUGUUUCUCUUAUGUUUCAAUUCUAUGUUAUAUUAUUUAGCUUUUAC